UCAAAUCACCUCCUUAUCAUCCACAAAGUAACGGUCUUUGUGAGCGCUUUGUACGAACGUUUAAAAAUAGCGUUUUAAAAGGGCUUGACGGCAAUAACUUAAAAGACGCCAUUCCUGAGUUUUUGAGUGAGUAUAGAGCAAGCCCGCACCCUAGUCUAGAAGGAGAAUCCCCUUCAUAUUUAUUUUUAGGGAGACAAAUAAAAUCAAAAAUUGAUAUAAUUAAAUAUACACCAAAAGAAAAUUUAAAUAAGCCGAAAGAUGAAGAAGUUGAAAAUAAAGGAAAAAGCCGAAAAAGAAAAAUAUUUAAAAUUGACGAUUUAAUUUGGGCAAGAAAUUACACUGGAAAUGAUAAAUGGUCAAAAGGGAGGGUAAUAGAAGAUAAGGGAGACUAUAUAUAUAGAGUUGAAAUGGAGGAUGGCUCAUUCAAAACUUCUCAUAUAGACCAGUUGCGUAGUCGCGGAAACUACCAACUGAGAUCCCGUAGCCCUAGUCCAGUCAAAGACGACUGAGAUUCAGUAAUUAAAUCAUAACCUAGUCAAAAAUAUAAUAUUUUUCGUUUUUUUACACAUCCCUUUUUUUAUAACUUGUUUUGUAUCAUUUACAUUUUUUUUAAAUAUCCAAUAUUUACUUAUUUCAUAGUUGUUUUCAAAAUAAAAUUUUUGUGACAUCAAUAAUUUUUUUAAUGGACGACAUAAACAACAUCAAUAUGGAAGAACCAAAAGAAGAACAACAAACAACAAAAGAGCCCCUAAUGGAUAGGGAGAACAAUUUGGUUAAAAAUACUUCAAAAGCUAAAAAUAAUUCUUCAAAUGUUUCAAUUAUUAAUCAUACUUCUUUCUUGGCUUUAAUUCAAAAAGAAGGAAAAUCAACACGUGAAACGGUCCAGAAGAGCCACGAUUUCAUUCGUGAGGCAAUGCUUACUUUAAAAAAUGAAAUAGUGGGAGAUGUGCUUCAAGCACUGAAUCCACAACUUUCAAAUUUUGAAGAUCUUUUGAAAGAAAUUAAAAAUGAAAUAACUAAUAAUGAAGAAAAUAAUUCGGAUUCUAUUUCUGUCAAUGAAGAAAUAAAUAAUGAAGAAGAAAUGCAAGAAAAUCUAGAAAAUCCCGCCGAAAUUUUGAGAGGCGGAGAGGCAAAUAAUCGUGAGGAAAAUGCCACUAAUCGUGAGGGAAAUAAUAAUAAUAAUCGGGGAAGAGGAGGCCGUGGGCGUGCACAAAAUAGACGCUCACGAGAUUCCCGCUUAUUCUUCCUCUUACGUCAAAUUGAUCGUGAGAGAGGCCAUGAAAUGGCUCGUGACCGUUUCCGUCCAUAUUACCCACGUGGCCGUGGAGAUUACAACAACAACCAGUAUAACAACAACAAUUUCCGUGGACGCAAUAAUCGUGGAGGAUACCGCCGUUGA